AUGAGGAUCCAGAUCAGUGCCAGAGUAGAAAGACCGACUUUUCUUUCUUUCUUUCUUUCUUUCUUUUUGACAUUACUUUCUUUCUAUCAUUCCCAUCGUUCAAGUCUUUCUUUAACUUUUGUCUGUCAAGAUGAGACUUUAGUUGCGGGUUUUUCUUUAUGUUUAAUAAUUACUUUUCUCGAUAUCUUUUCUGCCAUUUUUUAUUCGUUCAUUUUUUCUCUUUCAUAUUUUCUUUUUCUAUCUUUUCACUUUCUUUUUACUUUUGAGUUUUCAUCUUUAUUACUUUAUUUUGUUCUGACUCUCUAUCUUUCAAUUCCUGAUAUUAUUUUCCCCACUUCUUUUUUCUUUCUUCUUUCUUCCUUGUUCUUUCUUUCUUUUUCUUCUCUUUACCCUACGCACUAUCUUUCUUUCAGUCUCUCUUUUUGCUUUCAAAUAUUUCUCUUUCUCUAUUACAUUCGAGUCGUUCUUUUAUUUUUUCUCUUCUUUUUUAUUGUCUUUUUCUUCUUUAAGAAUCUCAUUCAUCAGGUUUUUCUUUCUUUCAUGCGAUUUUUCUUCUUUCUUUCUAUUCUCUUCCAUUUAUCUUUCUCCGUUUCUUUCUUUCUGCAGUUUUUUUUUUCUUUCAAAUGUUUCUUCUCUUCAUUCAUUUUCCAUUCUUUCAUGACUCUUUAUAAUAUUUUUCUUUCUUUCUUUUAUUUUUUCUCUUUCUUUCUUUCUAUCUUUUUUAACCUUUCUUUCUUUCUUUCUUUAAUAUCUUUCUUUCUUUAUUUUUCUUUCUUUUUUAAUCUCUUUCUCCCCUCCUUUUCUUUCUUUCCUUUUUAA